GACUCGGGGAAACGGUCUUGGAGAAAUGACUUCUAAAAUCUGCCUUUUCUACAGAUCACAGCAGAACGAGUCUGCCUGCGCCAGCGGAAGAGCUGCCUGCAUGGAGCUGCAGACGCAGUCGGAUGUGGUGGAAUUCAUCAUCAACCACACCGACGUCCUCUUCUGCUCCAAAUCCAGAGCAGACAUUGCAGAUGCAGCAGGGCACAAUUCUCUCCCAGGGCCCAAGUCUGUGGGGGUCUCUUCUGCUGCCACAAAGCUGCUCAGCCUGGAGGAGGCACAGGCACAGAGGCGAGGCCACAGCAGCUCUCCCCCUGUGACAGAGAGCAGCCGGGACAUUGAAGUGGAAGAAAGCCCUGCAGCUGGGCAGGGCAAAUUCCACACCGUCAUCGACUUUCCAUCUGACAGGCAAAAUCCACCCAGCAAAACUGAGGAAUCACCAGCUAGCAGUUUGUGUUGCUGCUUCAGCCUCAGAAAGCCAUCCUCUGGCAGCAAAC